AACAGAAAUGCGAUCGCUUACCAGCUGCAUUUAUUUUUCCUCCAUGGCUGCAUUUCCCAUGGCGCCCGCUAUCGUGUUGGUUAACUGGGGGACAUAUUAACUGUUAUUUUAUUUCACUUGGAUAUAACUAGGUUGUUUUUUUUAACCUUUAUUGAAAUUAUUUUCGUUUCAUUCUCAACCGGCCAUGACCGUGGAGCAGAAUGUCCUCCAACAGCAUUCUCAGAAGCACCAGCAGACUCUACUGAACCAGCUGAGGGAGGUCACAGGCACCACAGACGUCCAGCUGCUCCAGCAGGCCCUGCAGGUCAGUAAUGGAGACCUGGCGGAGGCGGUGGCCUUUCUGACGGAGAAGAAUGCCAAGGUGCCCCAGCAGGAUGAGGCUACCUACUACCAGACCACCCAGGUGGGCAACGACAGAUACAUCAGUGUGGGCAGCCAGGCAGACACUAGUGAGUACUUACCUCACCCAGCACUGCCCGGGGCAGUCCCUAGCCAGGGAGAUACCAACGUGAUUGACCUGACUGGUGAUGAUAAAGAUGACCUCCAGAGGGCUAUCGCUCUCAGCCUGGAGGAGUCCAGCCGGGCCUUCAGGGAGACGGGCAUCACCGACGAGGAGCAAGCCAUCAGCAGAGUUCUGGAGGCCAGCAUAGCGGAGAACAAGGCGAGUCUGAAGCGGACACACACGGAGGUGUGGAGUGACUCGCCCAACCCUCACGACAGGAAAAGGAUGGAGAACUGCCCCGUCGGGCUCAAGAACGUGGGCAACACCUGCUGGUUCAGCGCCGUCAUCCAGUCUCUGUUCAACCUGCUGGAGUUCCAGAGGCUGGUGCUGCAUUACUCCCCUCCUGCCAGAGUCCAGGACCUGCCUCGCAACCAGAAGGAGCACAGGAACCUGCCCUUCAUGCAGGAGCUGAGAAACCUUUUCUCACUCAUGGUGGGUUCUAAGAGGAAGUACGUUGACCCAUCGCGCGCCGUGGAGAUCCUGAAGGACGCCUUCAAGUCCAGCGAGUCUCAGCAGCAGGAUGUCAGUGAGUUUACACACAAGCUGUUGGACUGGUUGGAGGAUGCCUUCCAGAUGAAGGCAGAGGAGGACAGAGAGGGUGAGAAGCCAAAGAACCCGAUGGUUGAGCUGUUCUAUGGCCGCUUCCAGGCUGUGGGGGUUCUGGAAGGAAAGAAGUUUGAGAACACAGAGAUGUUCGGGCAGUACCCUCUGCAGGUGAAUGGCUUUAAGGACCUGCACGAGUGUUUAGAGGCAGCCAUGAUCGAGGGGGAGAUCGAGUCCCUACACUCAUCUGCAGAGAACUCUGCCAAGUCUGGACAGGAGCAUUGGUUUACCGAACUUCCUCCUGUCUUGACCUUUGAACUGUCGAGAUUUGAGUUCAACCAAGCCCUGGGUCGACCUGAGAAGAUCCACAACAAGCUGGAGUUCCCCUCCAUGCUGUACAUGGACAGGUAUAUGGACAGGAACCGAGAGAUCACCAGGAUUAAACGAGAGGAGAUCAGGAGACUGAAAGAGCAACUGACUUUACUUCAACAGCGUCUGGAGAGGUAUCUGAGCUAUGGCUCUGGUCCCAAGAGGUUUCCUCUGGCAGAUGUCCUGCAGUACGCCAUGGAGUUUGCCUCCAGUAAGCCAGUCUGCACCUCUCCCUUGGAGGACAUCGACACAUCAGCACCCCCCGGUGGCACAACGGGGCAGCUGCUGCCCGCUCUAAGCACAGCCGAACAGGGUCCCUCCUGCACCCUUCCAGAGGGUUUGUCCCCCGCCCCCACCCAAGCUCCCUCCACUCAGCAGAGGGUGCCCAUCCACAAGCCCUUCACCCAGUCCCGACUGCCCCCUGACCUGCCCAUGCACCCAGCCCCACGCCACAUCACUGAGGAGGAGCUCCGGGUGCUGGAGGGCUGCCUGCACCGCUGGAGGAGUGAGGUGGAGAACGACACCCAUGAUCUUCAGGGCAGCAUAUCCAGAAUCCACAGAACCAUCGAGCUGAUGUACUCUGACAAGUCCAUGAUGCAGGUUCCGUUCCGGCUGCAUGCGGUGCUAGUGCACGAGGGCCAGGCUAACGCUGGCCAUUACUGGGCCUACAUCUACGACCCCCACCAGCAGCGCUGGAUGAAGUACAACGACAUCUCGGUCACCAAGUCCUCCUGGGAGGAGCUGGUCAGGGACUCGUUCGGAGGCUACCGCAACGCCAGCGCCUACUGCCUCAUGUACAUCAACGACAAGAAGCCUUUCCUCAUAGAAGAGGAGUUUGAUAAGGAGACGGGUCAGAUGCUGAGUGGUCUUGAUAAGCUCCCUUCGGACCUGAAGGCAUACGUGAAGGAGGACAAUGGCCUGUUUGACAAGGAGAUCGAGGAGUGGGACACCCUGCAGGCACGCAAGGCCCAGCAGGAGAAGCUGGCCCUGGCUGCAGCCACUGCAGCCACUGCAGCGGCAGAAACAACAACAUCCCAUCAACCUAUGAGCACAGAGCCCAGUCCACCAGACAGCUGGGGCCCUCAGCAGGACCCAGAGUACAUGGAGCAGCCGUCCCCCACAGACGACUCCAAGCACCUGCAGGAGGACACAGAGAGGGCCAUCUCCAAGGCUGCAGCCGAGCAGCAGGAGGAGAGUAGCCCUGAGGGACUGCUUACUGCAUCUAGUGGAGGGAGUCUCUCCCCACCCCUUCCCCCCAAACCCCAGUCCGAUGUCCAGGUGAACACUGAAACCCCCCUCGCCCCUCCCUCUGACCCUCAGCCUGUGGAUCCUUCCCUCACCCCUCCCUCUGACCCUGACCCCCCCAUGGAGGAUGAGCACCUUUCCCAGCGUACAGUAGAGGUUGCCAUUCCCCAGGUGGGAACCUUUGUCAUCGAGUCAGAGGAGGGGGGGUACGAUGAUGAGGCCAUGAUGACUCCCAACAUGCAGGGUAUUAUAAUGUCCAUUGGCAAGGCCAGGAGUGUGUUUGAAAAGCUUGGGCCUGAAGCCGCCUUUUUCAAGGCCAUUAAGGUGGAGUACACCCGUCUGCUGAGGUUUGCCCAGGAGGACACGGCCCCGGAGAAUGACUACCGUCUGCAGCACGUCAUCGUCUACUUCAUCCAUAACCAGGCCCCCAAGAAGAUCCUGGAGAGAACCCUCCUCAUGCAGUUCGCAGACCGCAACCUAAGCUUUGACGAACGGUGUAAGAGCAUUAUGAAGGUGGCCCGUGGCAAACUAGACCUUGUUAAGCCAGAAGAGGUCAACAUGGAGGAGUAUGAGAUGUGGCAUCAGGACUACAGGAAUUUCCGCGAGACAACAAUCUUCCUGAUGAUUGGUUUAGAGCUGUUCCAGAAGAAAUGCUUUGUGGAGGCCUUGAUGUACCUGAUCUACUCGUACCAGUACAACAGAGAGCUGUUGGUCAAAGGGCUGUACAGAGGUCACAACGAUGAGCUCAUAGGUCACUACCGCAGAGAGUGCCUGCUGAAACUGAACGAGAAUGCGGCGGGGAUGUUUGAGUCUGGUGAGGAGUCGGAGGUUUGCAAUGGGCUGAGCAUCAUGAAUGAGCUGGUGGUGCCGUGUAUCCCCCUACUGCUUGUCCACGACACAGAGAAGGACCUGCUGGCUGUGGAGGACAUGAGGAACCGCUGGUGCUCCUACCUGGGGCAGGAGAUGGAGCCCAACCUGCAGGAGAAGCUGACUGACUUCCUACCCAAGUUACUUGACUGCUCGACAGAGAUAAAAAGCUUCCACGACCCUCCAAAGCUGCCCACCUACUCCACCCUGGAGCUGGUUGAGCGCUACGGCCRUGUCAUGGCCUCCUUGAGCCGGGUGCCUGCAGACGGGAGAUGAGCUGAGGGGGCAGCAGCCCCCCUCACAGUCCCACGGCCCCCUCAGCACCCAGGCCACUCAUCAAUGGAACUCUUUUAACCCAUGCCUUCCUUAUAAACCAGGGGUCACUCGCUAUAGCUGUUUCUCCUCUAUCUCUUUUGCUGCUAUAGGUUUUAUCAUUAUAAUAAUUAUUUCAAUUUAAGUAAAACGCAACAGAAAUUAAUGAACAGACAGUUGGAAAAGAAAGAGCAGGGGUAGUGGAAAUGGCGCUCUUGCAGUGAUUGAAAGCCAGUGCAUGCUGCUCCAAGCUUUGUUAAAUGAGGUGGGGUGUUUUUUUGUUUUUUGUUGUUCAGUUUAUGCCCCCUCCCACCCCCACCCGCCUCUUUCUAAAAGCACCCCUUCUCUGCAGAAGAAGGAUCGCCCUGCUGCUCUGCCACCAGUUUGGUACAGUAUUAUCACGUUUUUGUUUUAUUUUUCUAAAGGAAGCGACAAAAUGAGAACCUUGWGAUUUUAUCAGCGGCUUUAAGUAUCUCAAGUGGGUCUGUGAACUCUGUACUGCACCAGAAUGAGAAGUUUUAAGUGCUGUGGUAGACAGCCAUGGACACUCUGUGGCUUGUUAAUAAAUCAAGAUAAUAAAUUUUUAUUUAUGGCCCUUUUAGGCCAAAUACAUUGUUCCUUUGUCUGAUGUCCCAUGUCUUUAUUUCUGCACUAACACUGAUAUAAUGCAAUCAUGUAUUACAUGGCUGUUAACUGUGUGAAUGUACAGGUAACUGCCAAAAUAAAGGAAACGCCAACAUAAAGUGUC